AUGUUACUCACGCUGUCCCAGCCGACCAGAUCGGACUUUGAGUUCAAGCAUCCCCAUGAUUACCCUCCGCCCAAGGCCUAUUCGCCGUCCGCACGCCUUUCUCCCCAGGUGGCCCUGCCGCAGUCACUGCCGGCCAGUGCCCCGAGCACGAUGAGCACCUCUCAUCGCGGCCUCCCGCCGCCCGCAGCCAUGACCCUCCCGGACCCCAGCCGGACCGCCCCGCCGCCCAUGUCCGUCUCGCAGUCGCUGGGCCAGAUGCCCGCCCCGCCCUCGCAGUGGCAGGGCGCCGAGGAGUCGAUGCGGAACUGGCUGUCCGCCAAGGCCGAGGAGGACAAGAGGAAGCAGGAGGAGGAGAAGACCCGCCAGGAAUCCCUGCGCCUGGAGCAGCGCAAGGUCGAGCAGUCCAUGUUGCGGGAGUCGAUGCAGGGCGGCGUGCCGCCGCAUCUCGUCCCCAUGAUCUUUGCCGGCAUCGGCGGCGGCAGCUCCGCCAAUGCCACUGUCGACUGGCUGCAGCAGUAUGUUGCACAGCUCCAGGCCCAGCAGCAGCAGGCGCUGGCUCAGGCCCAGGCCCAGGCGCAGGUGUCGCCGGACAUGCGGAGGGGAGAGCAGCGCAUCGUCAAUCCCACCCCGCCAGGCGUCUACGCGGGCGCGCAGCAGGUCGUGGCAGCCCCGCCCGUGCUACAGGGGCAGGCUCCAGCUCAGCCCGCAGCCGGCCCCUUCGCGGCGCCCACCUACGCGCCGGUGGGCAACAUGUCGCCGCGUGGAGGACGGGGGGUGUCGAGCUACCCGCAACACCCCAAGCCGCCGGCACAUUCGCAGCUGCCACGGCUCACGACCAACGAGAUGCAGAUCCAGCAGCCGCCGCAGGCGCAGACGCUCAGCACAAUCCAACAGUCUCAGCAGGAACAACCGCAGACGUCAUCGCCUUCGAUCUACUUCCACCACUGGGUGCCCCCCACCACCCAGUCCAGCUCUGGUACGAAUCCUUCCGCGACGCCGUCAGACUACGCGAGCUCGCCCAAGAAGCGUAAGGCGCAGGGCGCGCACCAGGCAGCCCCGGCGCCGACGUCUGCGCCGCAAUAUACGUCGCCCUCGUUCUCGCAUGUCUCGGGCUCGUCAACGUCGACACCAGGCCGGCGAGGACACGCACGGACCCGCAGCGACCAGUCUUCGCGCGGGUACGGCACUGAGCAGACGCAGUACACGGGGCGAAGCCGAGCCGGCACGCACACAGGGGCCGAAUCGAGCUCCUAUUCCGAGCGGUAUGCAAGCCACGAUUCUCACCGGCGAGAACAAUUCCAGCAGCAGCAACAGCACCAGCACCAGCACCAGCAGAACCAGCAGCACCAGCAGCAGCCGCUUCAGGCGCCGCAGUCCUCGCACGGCGCGGAGGAGCGUGGGAACCAUGGCAGCGACGGCGAGGGCUCAGAGAGGUCCUCGCUAGUCCAGCGUGAAACGCGCCCGUCAGUGCAAGCGUCCCAGGGCUCGCGUCCCAGCACGCCGAAGCGGGAAGCGGGGGCUGGCCGGGCGUGA